AUGAGCAGCCAAGUCACCUUUGACGUCUACCGCGGAGCUGAGGGCGAUGUCCCCGUUCGCAAGACUAUCAACAGACAACUCCGCCCCAACGAUGUCUUCAUCGAGAUGACACACUCUGGUGUUUGCGGCACAGAUCUUCACUACAGACACGCCGACAUGACUCUUGGACACGAGGGUAUUGGAAGAGUCAAGGAGCUCGGCCCCAAUGUCACCGGCCUCAAGGUUGGCGAUGUCGUUGGCUUUGGAUACGUCCGACAAGUUUGCGGCAACUGCAUGGAGUGCCUGACUGGCUGGGACCAGUACUGCGCCAACGCCGUCACAUAUGGCAACGCUGAUACCGACACCGGCAGCUUCUCCGAAGGUGCUGUUCUUGAUGCCCGAUGCGUCUUCCAGAUCCCCGACGAGAUCGACCCCGCCGAUGCUGCUCCAUUGAUGUGCGGCGGUGCUACAGUCUGGACUGUCCUCGACCAGUAUGGAAUCAAGCCCACUGACCGAGUUGCCAUUAUGGGCAUUGGCGGUCUCGGCCACAUUGCCAUCAAGAUGGCUGCCGCCAUGGGCUGCCACGUUGUCGUUCUCUCCAGCAGCGAGGCUAAGCGCGAAGAGGCCAUGAAGUUUGGUGCCAAGGAGUUCCACGUUUUCCGCCAGGGCGAGAAGUUUGAGGGCAAGAUGGAGCCCAUCAACCACCUUCUCCUCUGUGGAAGUGCCCAGGUUGACUACGAGGCUCUCGUCCCUCUGAUGGCUCCCAACAGCUCAAUCUACCCCCUCACUGUCGACUUCAACCCUUCCAAGAUCACCAUGUUCUUCGUCGCCCUCAAGGGUAUCCGCAUCCAGGGCUCAGUUGUUGUUUCUACUACUGAGAUGCGCAAGAUGCUCAAGUUCUGCGCUCUGCACAAGAUUACUCCCCAGAUCGAGAAGUUCCCUCUCAACGAGACUGGCAUGAGCGACGCUAUGCGCAGACUGACUGAGGGCAAUGUGCGAUACCGCGCCGUUCUGGUUGCCCAGAACUAG